AUGCGAUCUUUUUUCAGGAGGCCGUCUUGGGCAAAAAGGGGAAUUGAGGAUUCGACCCCCGAUUUCUAUCGACGCUCGGAGCACACUUAUGCUGAUAUUAUCGCCGCAACAAAGGAAGCACGGGAAAGAUCGACCAUUGAAUUCGCCAAUAACGAUCAAGUGGCUGAUGGCAAGGCAUCUAAGAAUCGUCCAACCCAAAAUCAGGUUGGUGUAGGGGAGGGUACACCAUCAGACAAGCUCUCUGGGGUAAUAAGCGACCAGAACUGUUCUAUUGGGCUAGGUCCUGGUUCUCACUGUGUUUUACAAGAGGAAAAAGAGCUCAGUUCGCAUGGGGCGCAGCGAAUGAGAUCCGCUGAUAAAAGUGACACUGUUCACAAUCAUAAUACAUCUGCGCCUGACCGUGGACCUGUAGCAGAUAUUCAGUCAAUUGGCCGGCAUUGCAGUCAUUCUUCCGGCCUUGCUCCGUGUAUGCACGAGGGAACGAAUAAUGCUUCUGAUGAUGAAUCUGCCUCGGAAGGCAUUCCACGUGAUAAUAACCAAACCAAAUACAAAGCAACCGGGCAUGACAAGAGCAUUCAAGAUGAUGUGGUCGUCCAAAUACUUAUAACAUCAGAGAUUGAAAACACGAAGCCAUUAAUUGUCCACCGAAAAGCGUCUCAAUCAUUGAGAGAGGUCCGCUUGGCAUGGUGCAAGCGCCAAGGAUUACCUGAAGAUAUGCAAUUAUCUGUAUUCUUGACGUGGAAGGGCCGACGAUUGUUCGAUGUGACGACAUGUAAAAGUUUGGGGAUCAACAAUGUCAAAGAUAAUUUUGAUGGAUUUUCGGAUUUUCACUACUCAUCAGUUGAUGACGGCCGGCACAUUCAUAUGGAAGCAGUUACGGAUGAUUCUUUCACUUUUAAACAGAGACAGCAACGAUCGCCAGCAUUAUCUGCAACGGAAUCUCAAGCUGGGCCAAAUCCUCGUGCAUUUGGAAGUCACGGGCGAGAUGUGCUGAUGAAGAUAAUUUUGAGGUGUCCCGAGCUCGAUGACUUUGGGGCUAAAGUCAGUCAAAAGAGUCCAGUAUCCCAAAUCAUCUCUGCUUUUAAGGACGCACGGAGAAUACCUGCUCAGAAGUGUGUUCAUCUUCUAUUUGACGGUGAUCAACUUGAUCCCAAUGCCUGCCUCUUGGAUUAUGACAUUGCGGAUCAAGACAUGGUGGAUGUCUUGAUCAGAUAA